AUGAGUCAUACAGAGGCUAAACUAAAAAUACCUUUUGGAAAUAAGUUACUAGAUGCUGUUUGUUUGGUACCUAACAAGAGCUUAACAUAUGGAAUAAUUCUUACACAUGGAGCAUCAGGAGAUAUGAAUCUUCCUCAUUUGAUGUCACUGGCAUCCCAUCUUGCAUCCCAUGGUUUUUUUUGCCUGAGAUUUACCUGUAAAGGCCUUAAUAUUGUACACAGAAUUAAGGCAUAUAAGUCAGUUUUGAAUUACCUAAAGACCUCAGGAGAAUAUAAACUUGCAGGUGUUUUCCUUGGUGGUCGUUCAAUGGGCUCAAGAGCAGCUGCUUCUGUAAUGUGUCAUAUUGAGCCAGAUGAUGCUGAUGAUUUUGUUCGAGGUCUCAUUUGUAUUUCUUAUCCACUGCACCAUCCAAAACAGCAGCAUAAACUCAGAGAUGAAGAUCUCUUUCGUAUAAAAGAUCCUGUACUGUUUGUGUCAGGCUCAGCAGAUGAAAUGUGUGAAAAGACCUUGUUGGAGAAAGUGACACAGAAAAUGCAAGCUGCCACUAAAAUCCACUGGAUUGAGAAGGCAAAUCAUUCCAUGGCAGUUAAAGGACGGUCAACAAAUGACGUUUUCAAAGAAAUAAAUACUCAGAUUUUGUUUUGGAUUCAAGAAAUCACUGAUAUGGACAAGAAAUAAUUGUCAUUAGUUAAAAGCCAUGUUAUUUUGCAUACAAAUACUGUUAAUUUGAUAAAGAACAGUAUACCUCUCAGCAUUAUGAGAUAUAUUUCAGACUAAUUUAAUGUUCUUUAAUGUUCCCCUAUUUUUUAAACACGUUGUAAUUGUGAAUGUCCUUUACAAAAUGUCUUUUGAAAGCACUGUUACAGUUAUAUAAAGAUGAUGUACAAAUGUGAAGGUGGUCUAAAUAUAAUUUAUUUUCAUUAGUAUAGUUAUGUUU